CUGACGCACUGAGGUCAGUUGGGCGUUUAUUGCGUGUCUCCUUCAUAUCGUCCUACGCCGGUUUUUUCCACGCGGAUUCAGACUCUUUAAGUUGCAAUACUUUAAGUAGCCGAUAAAAUGGCUGUUCCUCCAGCAUAUGCAGACCUUGGAAAAUCAGCAAAGGACAUCUUCAAUAAAGGAUAUGGCUUUGGGCAGAUUAAACUUGAUGUGAAGACCAAGUCUUCAAAUGGAGUGGAAUUUAAAACAUCUGGCUCAUCUAACGUAGACACCAGUAAGGUCAUUGGUACUCUGGAAACCAAGUACAAAUGGGCUGAGUAUGGUCUGACAUUCACGGAGAAGUGGACCACAGAAAACACACUUGGGACAGAAGUGUGUGUUGAGGAUAAGAUCACCAAAGGGUUGAAACUUAACUUUGAAACAACAUUCUCACCCAACACUGGGCAAAAGAGCGGUAAAGUGAAGACAGCGUAUAAGCGGGAACACCUUAACGCAGGCAUUGAUGUAGAUCUAGAUUUUGCUGGUCCAACUAUCCAUGGGGCAGCGGUGGCUGGAUAUGAGGGAUGGCUCGCAGGCUACCAGAUGACCAUUGACUCGGCCAAAUCCAAGAUGACCCAUAGCAACUUCGCUGUUGGCUACCAAACCGGGGACUUCCAGCUCAGCACCAAUGUAAAUGAUGGUUCAGAGUUUGGUGGAUACAUCUAUCAGAAGGUAAAUGACAACCUGGAGACCGCCGUAAGUCUUGCCUGGACUGCAGGAACAAACGGCACUCGAUUUGGAAUCGCUGCUAAAUACCUGCUGGACUCCAGUGCCUCCAUAUCAGCUAAGGUGAAUAAUGCUAGCUUGUUAGGAAUUGGAUACACUCAGACUCUACGGCCUGGUAUGAAACUCACUCUGUCAGCGUUAGUAGAUGGGAAGAAUAUCAACGCUGGAGGUCACAAGCUCGGUCUAGGCCUGGAGUUAGAGGCAUGAGGAUCAUCUCUGCUGGUAUCAACAGAAGCUAAUCUUCAGUGUUUGUGAGUGGUUAGAAACAGAUAUUUCAAUGACAAGGCCAAAACCAAGUAGAACCCCCUCCCCUAGGCACUGGUGAGAUGAAGACAUUUCCAUUUAUCAGGGUAUUCCUCAUUCUGCCCAUUUAUCCUCCACUAUCUAACAAUCCUGUAUAAUUAAAACAUAGCUUCUUUUAUUUUGAUGGUCCAGAAUUAUAUUUUGCAGAAGUUUUAUCUAAUAGAAUGUAAAUUUGAGUGAUUAUUUUUGCACAAUAUUCCUUAUAUUUCCAUAUUUUAUUGAUUUGGUGGUGUUCUACUGCCUGAUUAGGGUCUGAAGUGCAUCAACUUGCUGCUCCUGAGGCUUUAUCCUGCUGUAUGUUUUAGACAUCUGCUACUUAGCUUAUCUCCUUAGCUAGAAAUCAUGGUUAAACCAGUUAUUUUUCUCAUGACCUGACUGAAACCAGAGUGAAUUAACCAGCUCUCUUCCCGUUUGUGAGAACUGUGACACUUAUCAGAUGGGUUUGUGUGUUUCUGUGUGUCUACCUGUACAAUAAAGUCCUGAAACCAGU